UCCAUCCAGGCGUGGUCGACCUGGUGUGAGGACCGAGAAUAGGAGGACUUAUAAGUCACCCCCCCCCCUCACACACUCUCCCAUGACGGGGGGCAGCCUGGCGGCGGCGGCGCGGUGGUCGGGGGAGCGCACGGCGCACACAGCGGGACGCACAAGGGAGCCAGCGAGCGGAGCGCGCACACAAAGAGACGGUCGGCGCGGCGGGAUGCGCUCUUAUUUUGACACUCUGCUCGCACUCGCUUUUUGAGGGGAAAGUAGGAAAUUAAGCCAUCAUCACACCUCCCCACCCCCCCCCUGCUCCCCUCACCGCCAAACCCCCCCUUUUGUUUUUUAAACAUAUAUAUUUUUUGGGGGGGGGAAGGACUGGACUACCACUUGUGCCCUCUUCUGCUCCUCCGGAUGCUCAGAAAUGGGGGAAUGGACUAUACUAGAGAGGCUCCUGGAGGCUGCUGUCCAGCAGCACUCUACUAUGAUAGGAAGGAUCCUGCUGACAGUGGUGGUGAUCUUCCGCAUCCUGAUCGUGGCCAUCGUGGGGGAGACGGUGUACGAUGACGAGCAGACCAUGUUCGUGUGCAACACCCUGCAGCCGGGGUGCAACCAGGCGUGCUACGACAAGGCUUUCCCCAUCUCGCACAUCCGCUACUGGGUCUUCCAGAUCAUCAUGGUGUGCACGCCCAGCCUGUGCUUCAUCACCUACUCGGUGCACCAGUCGGCCAAGCAGAAGGAGCGCCGCUACUCCACCGUCUACCUGACACUGGACAAGGAGCAGGACUCGCUGAAGCGCGACGAGGGAAAGAAGAUCAAGAACACCGUCGUCAACGGCGUGGUGCUGCAGAACACCGAGAACUCCACCAAGGAGGCCGAGCCGGACUGCCUGGAGGUCAAGGAGAUCCCCAACUCGGCCGCCGCCAGAACUACAAAGUCGAAAAUGAGGCGCCAGGAGGGCAUCUCUCGCUUCUACAUCAUCCAGGUGGUGUUCCGCAACGCGCUGGAGAUAGGCUUCCUGGUGGGCCAGUACUUCCUGUACGGCUUCAACGUGCCCUCCGUGUACGAGUGCGACCGCUACCCGUGCAUCAAGGACGUCGAGUGCUACGUCUCCCGGCCCACGGAGAAGACCGUCUUCCUGGUCUUCAUGUUCGCCGUCAGCGGCUUUUGCGUGGUGCUCAACCUGGCCGAACUCAACCACUUGGGCUGGAGGAAAAUCAAAACAGCCGUGCGGGGGGUGCAGGCCCGCCGGAAGUCCAUCUACGAGAUUCGGAACAAGGACCUGCCCAGGAUGAGCGUGCCCAAUUUCGGGCGCACGCAGUCCAGCGACUCGGCUUACGUCUAGGAGAGG